AUGACAAUGAAAAUAGUGUGUUAAUCUCAAAAUGCUAUUUUUUAAUUCCGAUCUUACCCGUUACAGCGCCACCUGCUGUUGUGUACAAACAUGCAACUGACUAAAAUGAGUUAUUUCUGUAAUGACAAACAGCGAUGAUGACACAGUAAAAGUAGUGAUACCACAAUAAUAGUAAAAGUCAUACUACCACACGGUAAAAUACUUAACAGUGAGAUUACUAAAAUACUCUUAAGAAAGCCAGGUAUUCAUAAAUACAAGUGUAUGUUUUAUAGAGACGAUUUUCUUCUUAUGCUCUAAACUCCUGCACUUCCGGCGGCGCAGGGUUACCAUUAAAUGAACAGUAGAAGAAGAACACCGGCACCACCGAAGAACAAACCAAGAAAGUGCCGCUGUGUAACGUGACUACCGGAGCCCUGCUUGAACUUCCUGUGACCUCUGACACCUGACGAUGGUGUUGAGGGAGGUCCCCGUGGAGAACAUUGCCCGCCCUCUGGGCAGGAACGAGGUCAUCGGCCUGCUCUUCAGACUCACCAUAUUCGGAGCUGUCACCUAUUUCACCAUCAAGUGGAUGGUGGACGCUAUUGACCCCACCAGGAAGCAGAAGGUGGAGGCUCAGAAGCAGGCUGAGAAGUUGAUGCGUCAGAUCGGAGUAAAGAACGUAAAGCUUUCGGAGUACGAGAUGAGCAUCGCCGCUCACCUGGUCGACCCUCUGACCAUGCAGAUCACAUGGAGAGACAUCGCCGGUCUGGAUGAGGUCAUCACAGAGCUAAAGGAGACCGUCAUCUUACCUGUUCAGAAGAGACACCUGUUUCAGGGAUCCAGACUUCUGCAGCCUCCUAAAGGUGUGUUGCUGUACGGACCACCUGGUUGUGGGAAGACGCUCAUCGCCAAGGCGACGGCCAAGGAGGCGGGGUUUCGCUUCAUUAACCUGCAGCCCAGCACGCUGACUGACAAGUGGUAUGGGGAGUCCCAGAAGCUAGCGGCUGCUGUCUUCUCAUUGGCUGUCAAACUGCAGCCGUCCAUCAUCUUUGUCGACGAGAUAGACUCGUUCCUCAGGAGCCGAUCCAGCUCGGACCACGAAGCGACGGCCAUGAUGAAGGCCCAGUUCAUGAGUCUGUGGGACGGACUGGACACGGACCACCACUGUCAGGUGAUCAUCAUGGGAGCCACCAAUCGUCCUCAAGAUUUGGACUCCGCUAUUCUGAGGAGGAUGCCCACCAGGUUCCACAUCAACCAGCCUAGUAUGAGGCAGAGAGAGCAGAUCCUCAAACUCAUCCUGGAGGACGAGAGCGUCGACCUGUCUGUUAACCUCCUUGAUGUCGCCAAGGAGACGGACGGUUUCUCAGGAAGUGACCUCCGAGAGAUGUGUCGGGACGCUGCUCUGCUCUGCGUCCGAGACUUUGUCCACACGCAGAGCGACAGUCCAUCGGAGGACUUCAUCCGUCCCAUCCAUCAGUCCGACCUCGAGAAGGCGAUCGGUAAGAUGAAGAAAUCAAAGAUGGCGGGUGGUCACAGCGCUCUGCUGCACGCCGCCCUGGACUGAACACACACACACACACUCUCUGCAGUCGUCAGUCUGAUUCCAGACCUGUUCAUGUUCUGACCCCCCCAACCCCCCUUAAAUAUGUGCCACUUGCUUCUAUUGUCCAACCUUCACAGAUAGGAAUAAAAACAUGAAACAAAGGCUGGUGUGUGAAUCUUUUAAAAGAAACCAGAAAGUAAUGAAGACUUGUUUCAUGGUCCAUGAGCUUCAGCAGAGAUCUUUUAUUUUCAAAACCCCGGCAGGUCUCUUACUUUCUAUUAAUUUAACGGGGGGGUUCCUGGAAAGAACCUUAUAAUGUAGGUUUAAUCAGAAAAAAACCCAUGAAUUAUUCUGAUAAAUAUAAUUCUGUAUAUCCUUUACAUAUUUGAGGAAAAAGAUGGACAGACAUUAAAUAUCAGUUAGAUUAUACAUUUACUUUUUGAAGUUAUUUCAGGGUAAAUGGGAAUUUCCUGGUAAGAAAAGCUCCUGAUGGACAGUAAAUAUUGGUGACUUAUUAUUUCUAGUUCUACUAAUAUCUAAUAAAUACUUGACUAAUCUUUCCAGGGACAGGCAUAAGACGUCAUGAAAUAAUGUCUGUAAAAUGAAGCCAUGUCAUCUUUUAAAUGUUUAUACAAACAAAGAACCGAAUAUUUUCAUGAAAUGUACUUAUUAUUAUUCUGGUGUUAAUGUUUGAACUUUACUUUUUUACUUGGGGAUAAUAACUUAAAUGAUUACAAAACAUUAGAUAUUUGUAUUGAAAUGUGGAACAUAGAAAGUUAAUAAAAUGUCAUUGAGGAUAUAAGAUUCUGUUGAUCUGCAAACGUUUUCAUAUUAUUUGACUUUUCAUCUGUAAAGCUGUCAGUUUUUUGACAUCUUUUUCCCAUUAAGUUAUGAUGUAAUAAACUUGUGGCAAUAACCAG